AUGGUUGAUAUAAGAGAAUUCUUUGGGAAUUCUUCUUCCAAAAAGUCAACUGGGGAUAAAAAGACAUCAAGCAAAGGAACAUCUAAUGCUAAGAAUGAGGUAAUUGAAAUUGAAAGCGAUGAUUCUAAAUCUAAGAAGAUAGAAACGAGUAAAAAUCUGAAGUCUAUGCCCAAGAAAGAAUCCAAGAGUACGCCAUCGCCAAGGAAGGGGACUAAGGCCAAACCAAAUUAUGUAAAUUUAGAUUCUGAUUUUGAUGAUAAUAGUGAGGAUGAUUUCAAACCAGAUAACGAAGAGGAUGAAGAGGAUGACUUUGAGGAUGACAAAGAAGUCAAUGACGAUGACGACUUAGAAGAAAUUGCAAAACCACCUUCACCACCUCCUAAACCUACGCCAAAGAAACGAACCAGGACCGAUUCUACUUCCCCUAAGAAGAGUUCACCUGCGAAAAAGCAAAAAGCUGAUACAGGCGCUUCGUCUGCACCAACUGGGGCUUCGGCAGAAGAAAUUUUGGCAAAGAUUCCUGAUGCAGAAUUACCAGAAACUGAAGAUACUAAAGACAAGCCAUUCAAUUUUUUUCAACAAAGAAAAGCAGAUGGACCACAACCAUCUGGGGAGGAAUUAGAAAUACCAGAAGCCCAGCCAAACUGUUUAUCUGGACUAACCAUGAUCUUUACGGGUAUUUUACCAAGGCUUGAAAGAACAGUCGCCGAAAACUUAGCAAAGAAAUAUGGUGCUAAAGUUACGAAAUCCAUUCUGGGUAAGACGAGUCUAGUGGUUAUAGGAGAAGAAGCUGGUCCAUCGAAGGUACAAAAAAUCAAGAAAAAUAAGAUCAAAGCAAUUACAGAAGAUGGGUUUAUACAACUCUUACAAAGUAUGCCUGCAGAAGGUGGAGAUGGCGAAUCAGCUAUGGAAGCACGCCGGAAAAGAGAAGCAGAAGAACGUAAAAUAAUUGAAGAGGCAGAAUCAGAAGAGAGGAAAGCACGGGCAGAAGAAAAGGCUGCUAGCCAACCUCAGAUUAAAUCAAAAGUUGAUCCUUCUCGUGCAGAAAGUCCCAAAAGAAUCAUACCUAACAGCGAGAAGUUAUGGACUGUCAAAUAUGCACCUAAUGAUAUUGUCCAAUUAUGUGGUAAUAAAGGUCAAAUUAAUAAGUUGAAAACCUGGCUAUCAAACUGGUUCGAAAAUGCAAAGCAUGAUUUUAAAAACCCUGGGCAAGACGGCUCUGGCGUGUUUAGGGCAUGUUUAAUUAGUGGACCACCCGGUAUUGGUAAAACAUCUGCUGCUCAUUUGGUGGCCAACAAUUUAGGCUUUGACGUUUUAGAAAAAAAUGCAUCAGACGUUAGGUCAAAAUCCCUAUUGAACAGUAAUAUUAAGUCAGUUUUAAACAACACUUCAGUUGUGGGGUUCUUCAAACAUAGAAAUGACGUAGAACAACAUGCUAAUGAUAAGAAAUUCUGCCUUAUUAUGGAUGAAGUUGAUGGUAUGUCAAGUGGUGAUCACGGUGGUGCAGGUGCAUUAUCAGCAUUUUGUCGUAUAACAAAAAUGCCUAUGAUUUUAAUCUGUAACGAUAAGUCAUUACCUAAGAUGAGAACAUUUGACAGGGUUACAUAUGACUUAGCCUUCAGAAGACCUACAGAAACAGAAGUGAAAGCAAGGUUAAUGACUAUCGCUCAUAGAGAGAAAAUUAAAUUGGAUCCAACUAUUAUUGGCCAGUUAGUACAAGUCACAAAUCAUGAUAUCAGACAAAUGAUCAAUUUGCUAUCAACUGUUUCUACAACCCAAAAAUCAAUCAGUCAUAACGAAAGUCGAGAAUUUUCAAAGAGCUGGCAAAAGCAGACAGUCUUGAAGCCUUUUGAUAUUACAGGGAAAUUGUUGAACGGUCAAAUUUAUAAUCCAAGUGCCAAUCACAGCUUAAACGAUAAGAUAGACUUAUAUUUCAAUGAUAUAGAUUUCACACCAUUGAUGAUUCAAGAAAAUUAUAUCUCCACUAAACCCACAAAUGUGAAAUCGACUCUAGACCAUUUGGAAAGAGUCGCAAGGGCUGCAGACGAUAUUUCACAAUCUGAUCAUGUUAAUUCAUUGAUAAGAUCAAGCGAACAACAAUGGAGUUUAUUGCCGUUCCAUGCAGUUAUGUCUUCUGUGAAACCUUCGCUGGAGGUUGCAGGUAAUUUCACACAGAGAAUUAAUUUUGCUGGAUGGUUGGGGCAAAACUCCAAGGCGAUGAAAUAUCAAAGAUUACUACAAGAGUUGCAAUACCACACAAGAUUGAGAACCUCUACAGAUAAGGCAGAGUUGAGAUUGGACUAUUUACCAUUAUUAGUAAAGAAAUUGACUGAUCCUCUUUUAACGAACGGUGAAGAUGGAAUUGAAGAAGUCAUGGACAUUAUGGAUUAUUACUAUUUAACUAAAGAAGAUUGGGAAUCGCUUGUUGACUUUGGUGUGGGCCAAGCAAAGGGAGAAUUGUUAUUGAAGAAGAUUCCUGCGAAAGUCAAAACAGCCUUUACGAGAAAGUACAAUAGUAAAUCCCACCCAGUUGCAAUAUACAAAACUGGUAAUUCAGUUAGUAGUGGAAGCGCUACCAGAAAACAAAACGUUGAUUUUGAAGAUGUCAUUGAAGAUGAUACCAAUACUAAAGAUGACGACGACGAAUUAGUCGACUCCGAUAAGAUUGAUACUAAAAAGGAUAAAUUAAUCAAGGAGGUCAAACCUAAAAAGACCACAACAAAGAAGAAACCCGCAAAAAAGAAAUAA